GUCAAUUAGCAUUGAUCUCUUAGAUUAAUUGUGUUUCUCUGAGUAGAUCGUUCUAAAGGGAUUGAACGUCUAUGUGAAUAGAACACAGACAGACUUAUUAUAUGUGAUUGAAUAUUUGCUCUUAAACUAUAAUAGAUGAUUAUAUUUAAUUUAUAAAAGAUAUAUAAUGAAUUAAGGAGAAGGAGAAGUCAACGAACCUGAACAUUAUGAGAAAGUAGUGAAGUAUAUCGUUAAGAAUACACCUUUUGGAUAAGCUAAUUUAGUGAUUAAGGAUUUGUGUAAAAUCAUUGGGAAUAUUAAUCCAUAGCAUUCUAUUAUGCUACAAGCAUUGAGGGAUCAUAAUGAAGAACACUUGGCUUUAUUUAAAGGCUAAAACACUUAAGUAAGCGUCUCUGAUGACACUAUAGAUCCUUACAAACGUUCUAAAUUCUUAAGAGGACUUUUAUGUAGAUUAGAAAAACAAUGAGACAAUUUAAGUGGAUCAUGAAAAAUUAGAAAUCAUAUCCAGAUCCUAAGUUGAGUUACCUUCAGAUCCAGAAUUGAAUCAACUAAGAGAUGCACUUGAAUAAUAACUCAAUCUUUAUUUGAGUUAACAAUUUAAUGAGAAAGUUUGUGGAGCAUAUGGUAUAUUUAAAAUACAUGUAAUUAGUUAUGUAUCAAGGUGAUGCUUCAGACUUUACUUUCUAUCUAGGAAUUACAGCAAAAACAAUUAAUUUGCCUAACUUUUUGUAAGUUAAUACAUAAUAUAUAUAGCUGUGGAAGUUGGAUCUCAACCUGGGAAUUCACAAAAACACAAUUGAAAGGUGAUUUGAAAGUGCAAGCACAUUAUUAUGAAGAUGGUAAUGUUUAAUUAAAAAAUGUAAAUACCUUCUCAGAAGGAAUCAACGUAGAUUUGUCUGCAGCAAGUGAAAGUGCCAAAUAGAUUAUUCACACAAUCACUAGAUUAGAGAAUAAACAUUUAACAGGAAUGGAUAAUUUAUAUAAUUCCAUGCCAGACAUAUUCUUUAAAGCAAUGAGAAGACCCCUACCAAUUACAGGUACUAAGAUGAAUUGGAAUGAAAAUGUUCACAAACUAGUAGCAAAUUUGAAGUAAUGAAAUUACAAUAAAAUAUUAAUCAAUAAAUUAAUGA